GAAGGCAAAUGUCGCAAGGUGUCGCUGUCAUUCCUAGCAAACAAACAACCAGACCACCGCAGUAUUAUACCCCGCUCCGGCUUCACUCAAGUCACGAUGUUGAAGAGAGAGGCCAGUAUGUUCGCAGCGCAGGGAGUGGAUGUCGAUGCCCCGCGCGCCAAGCGACACAAACCGGCCAGUGCGACAGUGGCCACCAGUGCAAGUCCUCCAAGGAAAGGCAAGGGACACCAACAGAGUCAAGAUGCGACUGCAGUGGAUGGCGAGGGUGUGAAGAAAGAAGAGGGUGAAAGCGAGGAUAGGGACGCGGUGAAAGAGAAGGGAAUGAGGUUGUGGCAAACCGUGAAGGACGCGGUGAACAAGGAAAACCGCGUACUUUCAAACGACUUUCUGCGACUUCCGUCUAAACGACAGUAUCCGGAUUAUUACCAGCAGAUCAAGGCUCCUAUAUCCCUCGACGAGAUUAAGCAGAAACUCGAAACCAAGGCCUAUAGUUCCUUCGAUGAGGUCAAACAGGACCUCGAACGAUGCUUUCGCAAUGCGAAACGAUACAACAUGAAGGAUUCGCAGAUCUGGAAGGACGCAAAGCAAUUACAUAAACUCGUGCUCAAAGAGGCUGCUAGUCUCUCUGGCAUAGAACCGCCUGCCGCCGACGCAGAGGAUGCAGAAGACCAACCCACUGAUCAACCCGGUGCAUCGUCGGACGUCGAGGAAAUCGGCGACAAGAAGAAGAAACAUCCCAAUAUGAAUCGACUUUUGAAGACUCGUUUGGAGAAGCUCGUCAAUUUUACUGACAAACAGGGUCGAUCGCGGUCAACAGAAUUCAUGGAGUUGCCGAAUAAGAAGAAAUGGCCGAUAUAUUACAAGACUAUCAAGAAACCGCAGUGUCUGGAGAAUAUCUUCAAAAAGUUGAAGCGGAAGGAAUACCCCACCGCUGUCGACUUCGCGAAUGAUGUUGAACUCGUGUUCUCCAAUGCACUCGAGUUCAACCAAGAGCAUAGUGAAGUAUGGGAGGAUGCUCUUGCAUUACGAGAUUACUUUCGCCAACUAAUGUCGGACCUCCCGCAACCAUUUACCAUCCCAGCUUAUGCCUCACCCGACCACUCAACCAAGAUCAAGCUCAAGAUGCAUCCCGCCUCCCAACCCGCCGCAGGUCCGUCCGCGAUUCCGAUAGCAAACACCACCACACCAGGCACCCUCCUCCUGCGCGUUCCAGGACAAAGCUCAACAUCUGCUACACCUACACCAAAGGUGUUGACGAAAGCUGCACCGUCACCGAAACCUGCAACCCCCGCCCUUCCGGCACACACACCUCCGGCUAUUGCUGGCGCUCCAUCCAUUGGAGGACUCCAACCGGCGAAGUUUGUUCAACCUAGUUAUUAUCCUGGCUAUCAAAAACAGCCUACUCUUUCUGUGAUGGCUACUUCAUUACCGAACACGAACAACAUCCACCGCUAUGUCAAACCAGCGGUUCAACCUCAGGCAACCAGCUUGAAACCGCUUCAUCUUCAGACCCAAAUUUCCCUGGCACCUGCACCUGCACCUACCCCGGCACCUCCGCCCGCUAUUGCACCGGCUGUGCAUCUUGCUACCGUCACAUCCGUUCGAACUCCAACACCGACCGUAACUGGUAACCAACGACCUCUGCGCUCUGUCUCAUUGCAAUUCAAACCGUCAAGUCGGCGGAUAGAACUGAGUCACAAAGAUCGUGUACGGAUAUGGGCUCUCAGACUCGCUCAUGGUGAUACGAGUGUUUACAUCAGUGACGUCAAAUUCCUGAUGGAUCAGGAAGAAGAGGAAGAAGGUAGUGAGGAUGAGGAACAGCGUAAAGACCACGAUGUAGAGAUGGUAGUUGAGGAAGAAGAGGAAGAGGAAGAAGAGGAACCUGAGAAGCCUGUGAAGCGUGCAAGGGGACGUCCGAGGAAGAAGAAGCGUGGUAAGGGUGUUGAAGAUGUGAAGGGGAAGGGUAAAGUCGUACCUACCUCGAAGGGCCAUGAGGAACUGCAGGUGAAGUUGAAUGGUGUUGUAGUGAAGGGAAGGGUUGGGUCGGGGAGGAAGUCUGCUUGGACUGUGGAUUUGCAUGCUGGUACUAACCUGGUAGAGGUGGGUGAGAAAGGUAGUGCGAUGUGGAAGGUGUAUCUUGAGAGACCGCUGUCUGCGUAAGGAUCCGCUAUUACGUCCUCCAUCGUUACUCGCCCAAUGUAUUAUUGCUUUCGGUUGUCUCGCUUUCUAGUAUAUUAUGGCAUAGUCUGCUUUCCCCUUGGGAUUACACAAUUGCCACGUCGCUGUUUGUACAUUGAUGUAUUAUGUAUUGCAUAUCCAAAUGCUUGCAAACU